GCGGAGAAAGCCCGCCAUGUCCUCGCCGUUGAGAUCGCCCCCACGGAGCUGGUGGGGGAGCAAGCCGCCUGCCUGCCCGCUCCGGGACACCCGGGCCCCAUCAACUUCUCCUUCAGGCAGCUGGGCACCGAGAUCAGGAAUUCUGUGUCUUCCUUAAGAACCGGGAAAGGAAGUGGGGAAAACCGCAGGAGUGUUUUUUACACCGAAGAAUGGGAAAUGCUGGACCCCUCCCCAAAAGACCUGCAGGAGUCGGCGGCUCAGGAGGAAAAGCGAAGGCUGGCAGCCGAGACCAGCAAAGGUGGGACCGGCUCAGCAUUCCCCUUUGAUUUUGGCCGCCUCCCGCACAAGGCCAGGCGUCCCUCGAAGGACCCCAUGGCUUCCUCCAGCAGAGGCCGGGGCGGCCUGGAGGCCUCUCCUCUGGAGUGGAAUGGAGGCCGGCCGGCCACAGAGGCGCAGCCGAAGCUGCAGAGCCAGCAGGAGAACCUGGAGCAGCUGAAGACGGAGCUGGCCAGCCAGAAGGAACUGGUGCGGCUCCUGCAGCAGACGGUCCGGUCCUCCCAGUACGACCGGUACCUGGCGGGGCCCCUCUGCGACGGGAGCCCCAAGGGCCACUUGGAGCUGCUUCACCAGAAGGACCACCAGAUUCUGGGUCUCAGCCAUCAGCUGGAGAAGCUGAGCCUGGAGAAGGAGGACUUGCAGCAGGAGGCGGCCGGCCUGAAGUCCACGGUGGGGGAGCUGGGCGAGAAGCUGGACAUGCUGAUGGAGACCAUCCAGGCCAAGGACGAGGUCAUCAUGAAGCUCUCCAGGGAGCUGAGCGAGUGCGAAUCUUCCUGGCAAAGCGGAUCGGCCGAGGCCUCCCCGCCCGUCAGCAAGGAGCAGCAGGAGCUCGACAGGCUGAAGGACACCCUGCAGGGCUACAAAACCCAGAACAAGUUUCUAAACAAGGAGAUCCUGGAGCUUUCGGCCUUGCGGAGGAAUGCCGAGAACAGGGAGAAGGCGCUGAUGGCAAAGCACACCAGCCUGGAAGCCCGGAUGUGCCAGGUGGAGAGCAGGUACCUGGUUCUGCUGCAGGAGAGGAAGGGGCCCGUCUCCUCGGAGGAGCCCAACCCCAACAGCGACCUGGUGGCCCGGCUCUUGGCAGACGCCCUGCAGGUGGACAGCGGUGAGCAGCCCGAGCAGGCCUACUUCAAGCCCCACAUGGUCAGCGAGUACGACCUGUACGGCUUCCAGACGGUGCCGGAGGACGAGGCGGAGGAGGAGAGGCUGGUGGCGAAGGUGCGGGCCCUGGACCUGAAGUCCCUGUCCCUCACGGAGCACCAGGAGAUGUCCACCGGCGUGAAGUGGGAGAACUUCCUGGCGGCCAGCCUGAACAGGGAGCUGGUCCGGUCGGUGGAGCUGAAGACCCUCGUCCGAGCCGGGGUCCCCCACGAGCACCGCUGCCAGAUCUGGAAGUGGUGCGUGGGCCUCCACGUGAAGAAGUUCAAGGAGGGCAGCCCCCCCGGAUACUUCCAGGCCCUCCUGCAGGACGCGCUGAAGAAGCAGAACCCGGCCUCCAAGCAGAUUGAGCUGGACCUCCUGCGCACCCUCCCCAACAACAAGCACUACUCCUCCCCCGCCUCCGAGGGCAUCCAGAAGCUGCGCAAUGUCCUGCUGGCUUUUUCCUGGCGGAACCCGGACAUCGGCUAUUGCCAGGGGCUCAACAGACUGGCGGCCAUCGCCCUUCUGUACCUGGAGCAGGAAGACGCCUUCUGGUGCCUGGUGACCAUUGUGGAGGUCUUCAUGCCCCGCGACUAUUACACCAAGACGCUGCUUGGCUCCCAGGUGGACCAACGCGUCUUCAAGGACCUGAUGAACGAGAAGCUGCCCCGGCUGCACGGCCACUUCGAGCAGCACCGCGUGGACUUCUCCCUCAUCACCUUCAACUGGUUCCUGGUGGUCUUUGUGGACAGCGUGGUCAGCGACCUCCUCUUCAAAAUAUGGGACUCCUUUCUCUACGAGGGACCCAAGGUGAUCUUCCGGUUUGCUUUGGCCCUCUUCAAGUACAAAGAGGAGGAGAUCUUGAAGCUCCAGGACUCCACCUCCAUCUUCAAGUACCUGCGGUCCUUCACCCGCACCGUCCUGGAUGCCAGGAAGCUGAUGGGCAUCGCCUUCAGGGACCUCAACCCCUUCCCCCUGCGCCAGAUCAGGAACCGGAGGGCUUUCCACCUGGAGAAGGUGCGCCUGGAGCUGCUGGAGCUGGAGGCCAUGCGCGAGGACUUCCUGCGCGAGCGGGAGACCCACCCGGACAAACGGGACCUGAUCAGCGAGGACGAGGAGGACGGCUGAAGGGAGCCCGGGGGCCCCUUCGGUGUGGGGCUUUUUCUGCAGCGCAGAACCUGGAGGAGAUGGGAGGGCAGAGCUCCAAGCCAGCCUUCCACCAGAGAGGCGCUUCCUGCUUCGGUCGUCCUUCAGGGCAGCCAGCACUUCAGACUUCCUCCCAGGGGUUCCCUCCCUUCCAAAGCCCCCGAAGGGCCCCCAGACGCAAGGCCCAGAGGCCCCUCGUUUCGGGCCAAACUCUUGGUCUUUCAGUUGUGCCAUUUGGGAGACUCUUCGCUCCUCGUCUUAAGAAAACGAGCCACGUCGCGGUGCUUCAUCGGGUGCCGGCAGGUUUUGUGUGGCUUCAGAGACCUUCCAGGGGGCCACCGCUCAGUCCCCCCACCUGGGGAAGCAGGAGACAACCGAGGGGGUUUCUGGACAGCUGUCACCAUCUCCUUUCUGGGCUCGGGUCCCCGUCUCUCUUGGAGACCACCGGGCUGAAUGCCUUGAAUCGUGGCCUAAUCUUAGGCUGCAGCCGCGUGGCAGAAGAGGAGGCCGAAUCCUCCCUGGGGGAGUUUUGCCCGACUUGUGGCUCCCUGGAUCAACGUCCGUGUCCUCUGCUCUUGUGCCGGCCAGUCUGGCGUGAUUCCUUGGAGGGGGGGCUCCGUGGGCUGCCCCAAGUGGUGUGACACAAGGGCCCCUCCCUCUGCGUCUCCCUCACCCAGAGGCCUCCCAGACGGUCAGCACUGAAGCCACGCAGGCACCCCGGGGCAGCUUGAAGAUGGGGGGACGCCAACUCCCGGAAUUGCUCUGCUGGCUGGGGAGUCCAGGGGGGGAGGCCCAGCCGUCUUCCAGCUGCCCAAGGUUGAGAAACACCCAAUUUCCAAGUAUUCAGUCCUCAAUUCCUGCUUCCCUUUUUAUAAAGAAUCCCAAACUCCGUUCUGUAUCUUAUAGGUCAAGUAUUUUAUGCACAGGCAGAAUGUAACACACACACGCACACCCUCCUCCUCCUCCUCCUCCUCUUGCAGUUUGCACAAGCUUCACAGAGGUCCAGUCUGUUUCUCUGCCUUUCUUGCUGGAGGCCCUAGAACCACACACACCCAGAGGCCCCUUCGCCCUGGAGGAGGGGUUGCAAGUCCCGUAUCCUGUGGAGAGGGACCAUCUCAGGCCUCAGCCGGUGCAACCCCCGGCAGAGGCUCCAGAAGACCGGGGUGGGGUGGGGUGGGGGUGGAGCAGCCUCUCUUCCACAUGGGGCGAGUGCAGUCGGGGAUCCUGAGAGUUCUUUGGGGUUCAGAACCCCUGAGUUCAUUUGCCAAAUGUUUGCAACCUCUUGAAAAUAGAGCAUUUCCUCUGUUUGAUUCUUACUGAUUUUUGAUCUUCAUUCCUGUCUGGUUUUGUCUGACCAAUCCUAGUAAAAAAAUGCAUCGAC